GCGAAAACCAGGGCAUGGCCACGCGGCUCGGCACGAUGACUCUUGCGGAAUGCAUGAACCGAUGCGUAGACUCGGCGUGCGCUGUCAUUCAAUAUGACUGCGGCUCCGACUGCUGGCUUCUGGACAACUGUGGGCCCGAGGUUGAGUCGGGUUGUCAGAGCAGCAUCUACUACCGCGACCUCAGCUGGCAGCCGGCGCAG